AUGACAUUGGUCGAUUCUUGCAAGUGGCAAAUGCAUCGACGCACCAUAAUUAAAUCGAUAUUUACUGGAUUAUUCGUGGAACUAUCAACUCUUCCUAAGUGAAGUCUUUUCCUCUGGCAAAAUAUUUUGGUCGAUAUACUCUCUUCGGAAAGCUCAAAUUCUCUGAGAUGAUAAAAGAAAAGAGGUCGUUUCAUUACUGUUGCUAUUUUUUAUAAAUUUUUUAUAUAGUAAUAUGUCCUGUAGUCUCAUAAACCGAGAAGAUCCUUGCAUUAACUUAUGCGAAAAAACACCGUUGUCUUUUACGAAUGUACGUGUGCUCUUAGUUUGCAAAUGUUUAUAAACGAUGUAUUACAAACUAAUGUAUUAACGAUGACGAUCAUUGAUUCUAGAGUAAAUACGUUAAAUCAUGUUGUCAACGAGGAUGUAGAUUCUUCAAUUUAGUGGACUUGCAUUAUGGGUUGGAACCAAAUCGUUUGAAUGGUACUAGAGAUGCUUGCGAAGCUUGUACGUACAACAUAUAAUGAUUGUAACAACAUUUAAGUAAAAAGACUAAAUCUUAAUUGUAGAAUAAAACUUUAGGCAAUUAUUUCAUUCUGUAUAUAAGAUUGUUUUAAAUGAUUUAAAGGUAUUUGAAUCAAUUAAAGGUAUUCUUUUAUAAUUCAAAACAUUGCUAAAAAGCUUACUCAGAAUAGUUGUAACUAGAAAACAUUUAAAUAAAAUGUUAUUUUAUUUUGUUGUAGCAUGUACAGAAGCAUAUACAGCUCCCCAAGAUCGCUACGCAUGUAGUACUGGUUGUGAUUUUAUGGCCAAGCAGCGUGUUUCAGAUUUAUUGUCACUCUUCUCUGUUGCUGUUUAUAUAGAGGAGGGUGUAGAUUCUAACUUACUUGUAAUGUCACCUGAUAUACCUGAAAAUGAUAUUUUGAGUGAUCCAGGCUUACGAAAGGAACUUCUCCCAGGAUGGUGGGAUUCUAAUGGAUUUAAAUUACCACAAACAUAUAUUAAGACUGUUCCUUUAGAUACUGGGACAUUGGAUUAUGGUGUACCAUCAGACUACUCUGGAGAAAAUGACCAAUCAACUUCAGUACCUGAAUCCGAUCAGCUUCGGUGCACUUCAAAACAGAUUGAACUGCCAAACUGGUUGUUAAUCUCUGCUACUAUAAUAGGAAUAGUGUCUGCAUUUUGUAUGUGUCUUUUUUGCUCAGAUGAACCUACUGAUUCUUAUAAAAAAAUACGUAUUGAGCAUUUUGGAAGAAAACAUAUUGAAUAUAUUAAGAAAAAAUAUAUUGAAAAUUCUGAUUCAACAGUUGCAUUAUAUGUACCAGAAGUAUCAUUUCAUAAACAAUUCCUUUUAAAAUAG